AUGACGGUAGUGACCAAGAAUCUGGACUCAAUUCCAUACGAUGUUUUCUACCAGGUAGCUUCAACACUGGACUGUCAUGAUUUCGUCCAUCUGAGUCGGGUUAAUCGGGCUCUCAACUCCAUGAUGCGAAGCGAGUCAAUUGCACGGAAAACAGUUGAGAACAAUUUAUUACAAACCAAAGAAGGACAGAAAGCCAAUAGAACGAAGGAAUACCGCCGAGCUGUUGGGCGCCUGUUUGACAUCAAGGAGGCGUUUGCAACGGCUCAGCCCUAUUCAGCCUCAGUCUUGGGUUACGGGAGUGCUUUUCUGUACAGUGGCGGCUCUCUUUGCUACAUUUACAACGAUGAGAUCCGCGCUUUAGAUGUGCAUGGAGCCGGUCAGAUGGAACAGGUGUUGAAUCUUUACAGCGUACUUUCUCGCGCUAUUCCGGGAUGCAAUCCAGCAGAAGAUACCACCCAGAUAUCGCUGAUGGAGUACGGCUACGGCGUCCUCGCUUUCCUCGUAGAAAUUGUAGAACGACGGGAGGCAUGGCUUCUGGCCGUGGACAUGAGGAGAAAGAAACAUUGCGCGAAGAAUGGGCGAUUGAGACUCCGGACGCAGCUCCAAUCAACCCGCCGGCUGUUCGUUCGACACAACGAAUCUUAUCUUUACUACGGGACUCACUCUGCGUUGGGCUACCAUGGAUAUCCGCAAUGGGCAGUUAGCUGUGUUAAUCUGACAACGGGGCAGCAUAUCACAGACAAGCCGGUCGAACUGGAGAAUUUUGCUGGCUUCGAGAUUGGCCAAACCGUUUGUUUUGGGAUCCACGAUAAUCAUUUCUAUGCCGUGUCGACGCAGGUGGAUUUCGAAGAGGAAGAAGUGGACUGGACUUCGUUCUACGUCUGGGUGUGUUUGGCGCCCAGCAGGAACCCAGGCUCCGUGACGCUGAACCAAACCUGGAGACGACAGCAUCGCGAAGGUCCAAUCAACGAUACCUGGUCCGACCUCUCCCUACGGCAGGAUGAGUCGACCAGGAAGCUCAUGAUUUUAGAGUGCCGUCGUGAGUGGCUUGACGGGGGCAGCGAAAAUUGUCGCACGUAUUAUGUGCAACCCCUUCCAUCGCCUGCAGAGAUCCGAGAGAGUAAGCGACAGGGAGGCAACGCAGGACGGCUUUCAGCCCCCGCUCCAUUGCCCGACGAACCUUUGACAAAAACCUUGGAUUCGUCCAAUAAGCCCAAAUAUGAGCGACCACGCAAACGUCUACGCAGGCAUUUUCACCCGGAAUACCAACUAGGCUGUGAUGGUGACAUGGCCCAACGCCAGGACUUCAUCCUGGCCAAAACUAAAUACCGCACUUAUAACCUAUCUGCAUCGACCUUCGUGGACCUUGUUAACGACCCGGGCCCAAUCCCGGGAGGCAGUUUUGUGCCCCAUGACCGUAUGCGAUUACGAAUGGUUUCGCGGAAGCGAAAAUGUCCCAUUGAUGAGGAUGGGGAUGAAGGUCCCAAGGGAUUCUUGUACAAGCCGGAAUUGGCCACCCCGGAUGGCACACCGAUAGAGUACAGCGAGGAGCGUUUUACGUCCCGUGGAAUACGUCUUUGGCCGCCGGAUAAUGCACCACAGGAAAUACACCAUCUUCUAUGCCCGUCCAAAAGGGCAGGAAAGGUCCAUGCUGUUGCAGAUGAGCGGUCGAUCGUGUAUUCUGUGGAUCAGGAUGGUCUAACACCCGGCAAUCAGGCUAUCAUUCUGAUCAACUUUGACCCGUCACUACGACUGACCGGUCUGCAGCAUUUACCGAUGCCUGAACAGCUCAAGGCCCAGACCACUGAAGCAGGUGUUAGCAUCGAACAGCCUCGAGCAGGCAAUAUUGGGCGGGAGCACCCAGUGGCUCAUACUGCAACCGUUUCCUGGAAUAGGGCAAACCAGGCGAUGCCAUCUGUCCGGGAAGAGCCGGCAAUGUAUCUCAGUAUUCGGCGUGGCUAUUGGCUUCGAUGA